UUGGCUGUGAGUAAGAUACUUCAUCCACUAGUUCAGCUUCUUCCAGCAGCGGCCUCUGAAAAACCAAGUACUCUAUCAGCAAUCAGGAAAGAACAGUGCAUAGGGGAACAUGAAAAAACUGAACAUGGAUGAAUGGCGAGCAGUCUUUCAGCAACAGAUGGAAAAGGUGAAACCCAAUGAUGUCUGGAGCCUGAAGAUGGAUCGGCAGCUUGGUAAUUUGGAACCUGGAUGGAAGCAAGUAUUGCAGGAACACGCCCAUGCAAGCUUCAGGUGUUCAUUGUGCGACCACAGAUGGUCCUCACAUCAGGUCGUUAUCCAGUUUGUCAUGCACUGGGAACGAUUUCAGCAUCAAGGAUGGGUCUGGAUGAAGGUCUUCAGGCAACAGUGUGAUAAAUGUACUUCAGAAAAGUAUGAAGAGCCUCAAUUCACUAAGACGGAUGUUGACAAUGUCAUAAAGCACUUGAUCCUUGACAUCAGGGAGAAAUGCUACAGAGAGCGUGUCGAUCACCUCUCCGAGGUGAUAUGGGAACACACCGGACCACAUAAACAUCAGCAUUGCGAAGCCUGCAAACUGGGAAUUCACAAAUGGCACCAUAGGAGGAGUCAAGACACGGAGCAUCAUGAACAUGGGAAGGACCGCAUCCCCACUUUUGCUGGGAUGGACCUGCUGAAGCUGGGAGACGAGCACCUUGCAGCAGUGGCACAGCUGGUUGGAAAGAGGAUGGAAGCCAGAGUGCUUCAGGUACUUGGCAAGCCCUUGGACCUCAUCCCAUCAGCCACCAAACCAGGACCUCUCUCCCUCAACCUGGUAUCUGGGCUAGGACACUUUGCCAGAACCUGCCCUAGCCGACUCAAAAUAUUGCUGCGAGCUUAG